CAGACUCUUCAACAGACAGAUCCCCUGUUCAACGUUCGUCGAGAUUGCGGUGUCUGCUCCCUGACGGACGGGGGUGCGACGCAACGCACUGGUGGCACUUCGACGCAGUUGAGCCUCUAUCGCGCAGAACAGUCCGUUGGACCACACAAGGCGCCUGAAAAUCUUAUUGAUUAUCAACGCGAUGCGACUUGGCGAUUUCUCCGCAUCGCUCUUCGUUGAUGAUAGUCCUCUGGACGAAUAUGACAUUGUGGCGGAUGAAGGCAGACGGGAGAUUACGUGUUACGUUCCCUCUCAGGCUGGCAAGAAAUUCACCGUUAGAUGGGCCGACUGGACGUGGGAGCAGGGUAUGGACAGCGCUGGAUUUGUCUCGGUGGAUGGGCUUCGGUGCUCGGGCAAGGUUACCAAGAUGCUCAACAGAGGCACGGUCCAGCGCACGGGAUUUGAUGUGGAUGAAAGAACCGUACGCGAUUUUAUGUUUUCUGAUAUCAAAUCGACCGACGACGACGCGCAACUUCACGCGUUGGGACAUGAGAAGCUUGGAGAGAUAUCGCUCGAGAUCUGGCGGGGGAAAGUCAUGGGUACAGCUGCACCUCGUUCGUACGACGAGAAACCCAACGAUAACUGCGUCGUCCACGAGCGGGUCAAGAAAGCGAUGGUGCAUUGUGUGGGCUUUGCCGAGGAAAGAAAGCUCUCAGGCCCAACAAGACGCUCUCGGUUCUGUUUCUUGGGAAAGCACCCCGUUUCACGCUUUGUUUUCAAGUAUAGGCCUUUAGCGGUUCUGCAGGCACAGGGAAUUUCACAGACACCCGUCGCACAGCGCCCUUGCACCGAUGCGAGCAUCGAAUUCCGUCCCAAUAAACGCGUCAGUGUUCGUAUCCGCGCUUUAGAGCCUGCGGUCGCAGAAUUGCAGAAGGGGCAGUCUUCUCAAACGCUUCCUGUGAAGAGGACUUUAGACGAGCGUCCCGAUGAACGCCCCGCGAAACGGAUCAAGCUCAAGUUACCUAGCCAGACCAAUGUAGGAAGUUGUCCUCGGUCGCUGAGGUUUCUUUACCGAAAGGAUUUCAGGGUGAAGGGACAUACCAUGAAGAGGAAAUAGUUUUGUACUUUUAGCAUACGAUCGAUUGAAGUGUACAGACUCAGCUCGUUGACGGGACUCGCUUGUAUCAAUACAACAACGGAGCACACGCACCG